AAUCGGUGACUAUUUCAUAUUGAAGGUGAAACUUCCAACAAAUAGUCGUCGGAAAAUGCUAUGAUUAAUAAGGUGGAGUCCAAAUUGGCACAGAAACAAGAUAUAGAUAGGCCUAAACUCGAAAUUAUCUGAUUUCUGAAAUUUCUUCUGCUGUACGGCUGCAAAAUGGAGGAGGGCAGAGACUUGACCGAGAGUCACAUUAAUCCUUGUAUCAAGUACACACUUUUUGUCAUCAACUUUUUACUAUGGGUGUUCUCCAUCUGUCUGAUUGUCAUCGGCGUCUGGGCACUGAUUGAGAGGCAAAACACCAUCUACAUCACGUCCUACCUGGAUGUCUUCACCGAGCCCUCCAUCGUCCUCAUUGUCGUGGGCAGCAUCGCCUUCAUCCUGGGGUUCACUGGCUUCCUGGGAGCGCUGCGAGAGAACUGCUGCCUCCUGAUGUUUUUCUAUCUGUUCAUGCUGCUGAUCUUCAUACUGGAGGUAGUCGCAGGAAUCCUGGCAUUCGUUUACAGUGGCAACUUUUACAACACGGUGGAUGAGAUCAUUGAGCGCUCGAUUGCACGUUACAGGAUAGAUGGAGAUCUCACCAAUUUUAUUGACUUUUCUCAAAGGACGUUGGGAUGUUGUGGGGGUGACGGUGGAAGUUCUGGUAGAUCAUACUCGGACUGGUCUCUGAACCGCUACUUCAAUUGCACACCAACAAACCCCAGCCCGGAGAGGUGCGGGGUACCUUACUCUUGCUGUAUGGAUAAACAAGAUCCUAAUGGGGAUUCCACGAUCAUCAACACUCAGUGCGGAUUCAACACUCAGGAAAAGGUGCAAGCUGAAGUAUCGGACGUGAUCUACACAAGCAGCUGUGUCGACAAGUUCCUGGUAUUCGUCAACCAGAAGAGCUACAUCGUAGGGCUGACCGUCUUUGGAGUGGCUGUCGUGCAGUUGCUCGUCAUGCUUCUGGCCUUCUUCUUGUGCAGACAGAUUCAGCAAGAAUGCACGCGCUACAGAGAGUGCAAGAAACGUGGCAUCAACAAUUUUGCCUGAGAGGUUGUUCGGUCACCAAGGUGUUCAGCUGGGAGCAAAUUUGCAUUCGUAGUGAUCAGGUGUUGGAACGAGUAGAUCUGAAAUAGAAAUAGCCCCCUCUUGUUCAUGAGCUCUUUGCUGGCAGAUCCAAAAAAAAUUGCGAACUAUCGGAAUGACAUUUAAUGGUCCCUUUUAAAUCACACCAUUUGUUCCCAGCACAAACCUGUGUUUUACGCUGGCCUUCUAGACCAAAUUUCUUUUUACUGCAGAUUAAGGUGGCAUUUGUUCAUAGAACAUUCAAAUUGCAUUACCCAAAAAAAUCUUACAAAUUCAAUUGUGAAGGUCUUUGUCCAGAAAAACUGUUUGUUACAUUGUGUUUAAAUUUGAAACCAAGUGUGAACAGCAGAAAAGAAAGGAAAAUUUUCUCCAUGUGAUGCAAAAUUUAAAAGUAUAGUUAUCUAAUCUAAAAAGUAGUGCUUCCACAGGAACGAAGCACAGGGGAGGGAAUGGACCUUUCCCAUGAAACAUGCAAAUUUGACAGGUGCAUGUGCGCCACUACCACUGCGUGCAAGUGUGGCCGUCAACACUGUCAGCAGUGUAGGAGAACUGCUCUAACCAUAACCUGGCGGGUUCAAAGUCAAUCAAAACCGUAUUACAGCCUUUGUCAAAACUAAGUGAAGUUUUCAGUGUCCUGAGGUCAGAAAGUAACAGUUCCUUGUCUUUAAGUUUGGCAGUCAUGUCAAACUAUACCAGUACAGAAAUGACGUUCUGCACUUAUGGUUGUGCACGCUUGGAGAUUUGUGUUGUUAUGUCAUAGUUAAGCAACUCUGCCAACCAGCAGUAGUAAUGCGCAUGCCUUAUUUGCAUAUUUCAUGGGAAAGGUCCUUCAACCCCAGUGGAAGUUUUGUGCUACAGACAAGUUGAACGAUAAUGUACGAAAUCUCAUCAAUAAGUCAGUUGGAAUGUGUGCAUCUAUCAAAGUAUUUACCAAUUCCUUGAUUUUUCACUUCAAAAUUUAGCAGUACUACAUACUCCUUACGGUUUCAAAUAUUCAGGGAUUUGUGUAUAGUUUUCAGUCCUUUAUAUGACAAGAUGGCUGACUUAAAGAAUUUUUAACAUUUUUAAGUCACAUAGAAUCACAAACCUGACUGUUUUUCAGCACUUUUAACUUGACUUUUACUCCUGUUCUAUGUGAAUUACCGCUGUCUUUCAUUCUUUGACCUUGGAUGCAUACAUCUGAUGUACUACAAUAUCUACAAUUGUCUUUCACCUCCACCCAUGAUUAUCUUUCCACAUCUCACCUGAGAGCAAAAGCCAACCAAUAUUGGCAUUUGCGGUAGCAUAGCUUGUGAGCAAAGAAAGCGACAAAUUUAUGCAGACUGCAGAGCUCGAGCCCACUAAACCUCCUUGCUUGCAAGUGCAGUUGACAUUAACUGUUUGAUCACUAAAGCUCAUGCGACUGGGAUUGGAAACUGGUAAGCCAGAGGUCAUAGGUCAUGGGUGUAAAAAGUAAGCAUAUUUGUUUUAUUCCACAAGCCUUUUGAACUGAGUGUCCCUGAUAAAAACUACAUUGGCAAAGGUCAACAAUUGAUGUUUGUUAAACAUUGUGCAUUAUAGCAGGUAUCCCAGUGUCUUUCAACUAUUGUAUUCAAACAUUGGUUUAAAUAUUUCAUCUUAUCAAAUACUGUCAACAUUUACAUAAAAUAGUGUUCUGAUAACAUACCCUUUAUAUUUUUCUUAUUCUCAAACACUGUGUCCACGUACUUAUUAUUAAGGGUAAUCUUUUGUUUUAAAUGUAGGAUUGCAGUACUUUUUAAGCUAAGGCUUUGUUGCUUCUUCAAUUUAUAUAUUUUUCGUGACAAUUUUAGUUUGCAUGCAUAUGAUCAAAAGUCUGCGGUUGAGUUUCAAAGCUUCGGUGCAGGUUUUGUAAUAUGCAUAUUCUUUUUUGUCUAUAUUUACUUAAUUCAGUUGUAUCUUGAGAAAUACAUGCAAACCGGUUAGGUUGCUUUAUAAAAAAUAAUGUUUAAAUGUAGGGACUGUGUGUAUAUAUCUGGUAUGUAUUUUUUGUGAUUGUUUUAUCAACUUUUUAUAAGAUUUGUUGUUAGAUUUUUUCUGCACGUUUAUUCAUGUAUGAUGCAUGUAGCCUACAGCCGCAUUACUGUAAGAAAUGAUACGGCCUCAAUCAUGGAUGCCCUCGGCUAUAGUGCUCGCUAUAUAGUGAAAUUCUUUCAGCUGUGAAGCUGCAACUCCAUUUGAUGGCAUCCCCAUCUGUGACAGGCUAAGGUUUUUAGAAGCGCUUGCAUUGUACAUUCACGAGAUGUAUAAACAAUAUGGAAAAAAAAGUCAAUGUUGGGAGUGGGUCAUUGUCAGUUGCAACAAAUUUUAAUGCUUUUAUAAACACUUUACAUAAUGCCCAAUCACCUCGCCACGUCAUGCCAGAGGAAAGGAAAUCACACAGACACAUUUGAUGCAGGUGUACUCAUGAUUGUGGCCAUUCAGUUUUCAAGAGAAAUGCGCUUGCAUUCAAAGUACAUCUAAAUUCGUAGCAAUAACGCAGUAAAUAAAACACUGAAGCAACA